CUUUAAGAGAAAGUGGUGUGUACUGGAAAUGUAUCUACAUUGACUUGUAUGAUUAUAAAUUAUAAUAUGAGCAACACGCAUAUGCUUGUAAAGCUUUCCUGGUUGAAUGAAAAUUUAUAACAUUCAGUGUAAGCUGGAACAGUGGAAAAUCACCUGUUUGUCAGUGUCUUGCCGAUUCUGGUUUGCCACAUGGUAUCACAGCAAGCUAGACUAGUUUGGGCUAAACCGUAACCUGAUCAUACAAGUGUAUGUUGUCUAGAAUUUAGCCAGUAGUAAAACCGUGGUGAGAGAGUGCUCUUCUACUCCCACCCCAAACCAUACUUUUCCCGUUGGAUUCUAUUUGAGGAAAAUGCAAAUGAAAACUGCACUAACUGCCUCAUCGGACUUGUUAUGUGUGCUUUGUGUCUUUCAUAAACUAAUUUAAGCAAUGUACCUUGGCAACAGAGCUGUUUGGAGAGCAGGUGGACUAAACCCUCAAGUUCAAUGUUUAGACUUGUGUCUGGGUCUGCUGAAGUGUCCUGUUACCCGAGGCAGAUGGAAGGAACAUCCAAGGCAUGUCUACCUAAAUGGAUAGGGGUGGGAGUCUACUUAAGGAUGGCUUUAAGCAUGUCUGUUGUAUAGCAAUGAAUGUGUGCCUGUUUUGCCUCUGUUGAUGCUGUAACUAUGUCCUUGCAAGCUCAUACUUGCUGGAAGAAUACAAAUGGUCAAGAGGGUUUUCAUAUAUAUGCUUAGAGAAUAUAAAUUAAAUUUGUGGUUUUCUAUCAUACAUAUUCUACAGCAGUUUUAGUAUAAUAAUAAUUUGGUGGUAGUGGUAGAAUGCAGGUGUUAAAUAUAUUCUAUUCCUUGCUUUGGUUUAGUAACUAUGUAAAAUGCACAAAAUUCAUUAGCAUGUUGAGUUCUGUAGCAGAGGCAGAGCAAGAAAUUACCCUUCUAUUUAAAAAGUGUUUCUGGCUUGGUUUAGUGGAAAAGGUCUCGGAUAGCAAGCGAUAAUAUCAAAGCUAAUGUGGAGAAGACUGACCAAGAAUUCUUGCUCUUUAGGAAUUUUCAAAAGGGCAAGCACCCUGGUGUGAGCAAGUCAGGAGAGACGCUGUUGAACUAGGUGUCCUUAAAUGUGCCUUUGCACUUCCAAAGCAUGUAAUGAUUGAGAGGGUUGACUUUAAUUAAAUGAGGCUGUUUGGUUUUUCACUCCUUACAGUGUAAAAAUGUUGUUGCCGUUGUUUUCCUUAGAUUUCAAGAAAAGCAAAGCUUGUGCAUCAAUCAGAUUGUUGUGGUUUUCAGCCUUAGUAGAAAAAGGGAUUUUGUGAGAGAGCAUUUUCUUAUACCAGUGCACUGUGAAUUUAAAUACUUUAGUACAAAAUUGUGCAAGAUUGUUAUAUCUUCUAUUUCUCAAAGUCCCUUUGCUUAAGAAGUAGAUUCCAAAUGUGUAUAAAAGUAUGCACAGCAACCUAUACUAAACAGUAGAGCUCUGUGACUGCAAAGUAAUCCAGCUCUCCAUAUACCAAGAAAUCUACUGUAUUGAAAGAAAACGCUUCCUGCUGCAGCGUAUCAGCCUUUUGUCAAUCUGCCAGCAGUGGAAUGUACCAAGCAGCAGACUGAAAAGAUUAAAGGGGAGGGGAAAAUCAGCGUAAACUAAGAACAUGUUCAGUGUUCUUCAUAAAUACGAUCAGGUGCCGAUCAUAAGUGUCUGCUCUUUCUGAAAUGACAAUUGUUGUAAGAUUAACAAUGAAUAACAAAAAUGAUGAAACAGGAGUGGUCCAGUGACAUUAUUUUUGACAUGAUUGGCUGGGGAUUAUGAUGUAAUAGGUUACAGUGCAGCCCCUUAUAGGUUUUAAAAUGAAUUCCAAGACACCAUUACAAAGAGAUCUUGGCUGUUUCCUUAUAACUGAGCUUUCUCACUGAAACUCAUACAAUGUACAACACUGUCUGGAGCAUGGAAGAGCUGGACAUAGACUAUCCUAGGACAGAUAUAAAUUGUGGCACGGACUUGAUGUUUUACAUUGAAAUGGACCCACCAGCACUGCCUCCUAAGCCUCCAAAACCUAAUACUGUAACAAAUAACGGUAUGAAUAACAACAUGUCUCUGCAAGAUGCUGAAUGGUACUGGGGAGAUAUCUCAAGGGAAGAAGUCAAUGAGAAGCUGCGUGACACUGCAGAUGGUACAUUCCUGGUACGAGAUGCCUCCACCAAAAUGCAUGGGGACUACACACUUACACUAAGGAAAGGAGGAAAUAAUAAAUUAAUUAAAAUAUUUCACCGAGAUGGGAAAUACGGCUUUUCGGAUCCAUUAACAUUCAAUUCUGUGGUUGAGCUAAUAAAUCACUACAGAAAUGAGUCUUUGGCGCAAUAUAAUCCGAAACUGGAUGUUAAAUUGCUUUACCCAGUAUCCAAGUAUCAACAGGAUCAAGUGGUGAAAGAAGACAGCAUUGAGGCUGUUGGAAAGAAAUUACAUGAAUAUAAUAUCCAGUUCCAAGAAAAGAACAGAGAGUAUGACAGACUCUAUGAGGACUACACAAGAACAUCUCAGGAAAUUCAAAUGAAAAGAACUGCUAUUGAAGCAUUUAACGAAACCAUAAAAAUAUUUGAGGAGCAGUGCCAAACACAGGAAAGAUACAGCAAAGAAUAUAUUGAAAAAUUCAAACGGGAAGGAAAUGAGAAAGAAAUACAAAGAAUUAUGCAUAACUAUGAAAAAUUGAAAUCUCGAAUCAGUGAAAUCGUUGACAGUCGGCAUAGACUAGAAGAGGAUUUAAAGAAGCAAGCGGCUGAAUAUAGAGAAAUUGAUAAACGCAUGAACAGCAUUAAACCAGACCUUAUACAGCUCAGAAAGACUAGAGAUCAGUACUUGAUGUGGCUAACUCAAAAGGGUGUUCGGCAAAAGAAAUUGAAUGAAUGGCUUGGAAAUGAAAAUACGGAAGACCAAUACUCUAUGGUGGAAGAUGACGAAGAUUUACCUCAUCAUGACGAGCGAACAUGGAAUGUUGGAAAUAUCAACAGAAGCCAAGCUGAAAAUUUACUACGUGGAAAACGGGAUGGGACUUUCCUUGUUCGGGAAAGCAGUAAACCGGGGUGCUAUGCCUGCUCUGUUGUGGUGGAUGGUGAAGUGAAGCACUGUGUUAUCAACAAAACACCUACUGGUUAUGGAUUCGCAGAGCCAUAUAACUUGUACAACUCUCUGAAAGAACUGGUGCUACAUUAUCAACACACUUCGCUAGUGCAGCACAAUGACUCACUCAACGUCACACUAGCCUAUCCAGUAUAUGCACAGCAGAGGCGAUGAAGAUGUUAAUACUCUGGGGUUUGUCUCUUUUUAUUCAAUGCCCACAAAGAUAAUUCAACAGUCUUGAGGCCUCUGGAUAGUGAAUGCUCUUGCGUUGGAGCUAAGGCAUCAAAGCCGUCUGUCUUCGGAUGGGACUGAAGCUUCCUUCACAACCGCGAUGGGAGAAAUAGCUGAGUUAAGAGCUGUGAACACACCUUUCUAAUCUAAAGUGCUUUUUUGAAAAACAAAAUAACCUAAGUAAAGGAAAACAAAACAAGAAGAGAGAAGUGCUAAACCUGUCUCACUGCAGGGACAUAGAGGCCUUUAACCAUGGUGCUUGUUGACCAUUUCCUUGAAGCUUUAAGAGCUCAAAUGUUGGGACUCUGAAGACCGUGAAGUACAGCAGGGGCUGUAUAAAUGGCAGCAUACUUUCACAGUUGUGACUUGGGUGAUGCAGCUGUGUGCAGUGGAUGCAAGAUGCCCAGAGCUGUGGAUUGCUGGUUUUCUGAAGAAUAUGUAGCAGAAUGGCACUUUUGUUUUUAAGGGACACUUUAAAAGACUUGACAGUGGGUUCUUCAGAGAAACAAAUGUGGUAACAGAAGUGCCAGGAAGUCUUUUUGUUUAGACAUUGAAAAAUCUUGUUUUGAGAAGAUAUUUAAGACUGAAGAAAACUGGGCUAUUACAGCCUACAGUAUAUAAUAUGUACAUAGUUCUGGAUGACUAACUAUUGUAGAUGGAUAAUGUGUCAAUACCAAAUUCAUUCUGUUCAUUAUUUGUUUCUGGUUUUUUUGUUUCCUUUUUCCCCCGAAAGCUUAAUCCUUACACUGCUAUGCAAUACUUCAUUUUCUAUAGGCUGUUUUGGUUCAAGUGUAAUUGGAGGAUAAGCUUCCCCCCCUUUUUUCCUUUUUGUCAUCUCAAAAUGUUCCCUUAACUCCAAGUUUUGUGUUAAUUUCCAUUUUGUUCAUUCUUUUCCUCCUCUUCUCUUUUUUAUUUUAAAAUGAAAUGUACAGGACGUCAGUAAAAGAUGGCUUCAGAAUUAAAGCUAUGAGCUAUUUUAACAGGGUUUGUCCCCUUUAUUGAGCUGCUAGCUCAAGAUUAAAAUUGAAAAUUUCCUUUCUAACUAAAGAUUAUGUUGGGCAGUGCCUGAUAAGCUUCAAAGCUGCUUCAAUAAAAUAUAUGAACAUUGCAAAGUAUUGCUGAAUCAAACAAUAUUGUUUGAAAAAUAUCUUCAGAUGAUGAUAUCACACUAUGUAUUAUCAAUUUUUAGAUUUCUGCCCUGGGUAUGUUUGUAUUUGGGAGAGGACAUUACUUUGAAGUAAACAGAUGGGAAUCAGAGACUAUAAAAUUAAACUUAAUCUUUUAGAUGAAAUCAUGUGAAAUUUUAACUAACCAUUCUAGACAUGGCAUGAAGUUACUUUUCACAUCAUACAGAGUAACAGUUUAAGUUGUUGUUUUUUUUUAAGUAUAACAGAACACAAAUAAUUUUAGGAAGCCCUAUUUCUGUGACACCUGUUUUCCACAGUUAAUCUUUUGUUACAUUAUAUGUCUGUGAAAUAAAAUAAGCAAAAAUUCUCAUCUGAAAAUACACAUUAGGUGACAAUGAGGUAAAAUAAUGUCAGAAACAUUAAACCUCGUUGUUAAUAGUAUUUUACCAAAUUCCACACUCCUUGAACAAUAAUUUUUUAAAAAUAAUUGUUUUGUUUUUUAGUUAAAGGAUGUUUGGAGACUUUUUUUUAGUGAAUAAGCAAAAAGAUAGAUCUUACAGAGCUCUUUAUGGUUUUGACCUGUUAGGCAAUCUGUGCUUCUUAGAACGAAGCAUUAAGGACUAUUUGUAGAUAUAUUUUCUAUCAUUUGCUAACAUUAUAGAUAUGUUAGUUUUCUUCCCUUUUUUAAAAAUUUACCAGUGUCUUUUAUAUCCGAUGCUGUGUGAGGAGUUUGUUUAUAAUAUGUUGAUUUUUGCUUUCCUGGGGAAUGUGGUUUAUUUCAGCAUAUUUUAGAGUUCAGUUCAAACUCCUCCAAAAGUUAAUGAGGAGAAGCUUUGGAAAAAGUUAGGACUGAAACUGCAAGCUGGAAGCUUUAAUUCUCUUGAGCUGGAUUGGUCACAUUUGAGUCAAUGGGGUUCUCUAGGUCUAUUCAGAAGGAAGUGAACUAACUUGCAUUUCAUCUCACGAAGCAAAGUGCAGUGUAAAAUAUACACUUGUUUUAAUCAGUUCAUUGAUUCUUCCCCACCAGAACUCUCAAGAAUAGAACAAACACACCUCAUGCUCUUUUUCUUUUUCUUUUUUUUGUGAAGGGCAAUUUAUGACUGGUCAUUAAAUAACAAAUUAUUUGUAAUUGUAAUGUGACCGAAAUGCACUUUGAUAGAGCAACAUGAAUGUGCAUCAGUAGGUUCUCGCCCUUGGCUUAUUGUCAAACAGACAGUUGGUAUUGUCAGUUCUGAACAAUCUGUUUGGAGGAAAAAGAAAAUUGAAUCUGAGCCUCCUGUCGAAGAGGGAAAAUUGGGGCCCAGCCCCAGCCCUUCUGCCUCCCUAAGCCCCAAAACAGUUGAUCAGCACUUAGAUAUGACAGUAUUGACCAUGUGUUUGGUGCUGUAUGUUAUUGCCACCUAUGCAGCAUUGUAGAGCUAAACUGGAUACAAUGGGUCAGCCUUGAGAACUAUAUACACGAUACCUUUUGUAGUAGAGGGUUUUCAAUCCACACACAAAAGCCUGCUCCUGUGCACCCAUCUCUCCCUCUCUGCUUGAGGAUACAGAGAGGCAAAACCAAAAUUCCUGAAUUUACAAAGAUAACUUAACAGGGCUUUUGGAAUACAAACUGCCAUGUUUAUAUCAUGAAAACAACUACUACAGACAAAACAAGUUAUGGGUUCCUUAACUUGAGGCUAAGAUUUGUGGUCUCUGAUAUACUUCUAUAUAUGUAUGUAUGAUGGAGAGAAAGAGAGUGUGAAUGGCCAUACUCUAAAAGCUGUUUUCAGCCAUUAAAGCAUGCAGUGAUUUUUGCUCCAAAUUUCCCAUUUGUUCAAACAGGCUGAAUGUGAUGGACUGGGAGUGUUCCUAAUUGUAUUUUAGUGUAUGGAUUUUGUUGUCACUUGUGUUGUUAGCUGCCCUGAGGGCUCUCUAAACCCUUCAGCUGGAGAUGCAUUUUUAAAAAAAAAAAAAGCAACAAACAAAAUCAUAUUCUAAUAAUUGGACAUUUGUAUAAAUGGGAGUACUGUUUGCAUGGAGAUAAUUCAAUUCAGAUAUGUAAGAUUUGCUUUUAUAAAUUACAUUUGAAUAUGCAAGAAGUCUGUUCUAUGUGCAGUCAUUAAACUAAACUAAAUAUGUUCUAACAUCUCUUUGUAUUAAAAAGGAACGCACACACUUCCCCCCCCCCCCCCGCCCUAGACUAAGGAACUUAUCACACAACACUGUUAAAGUGCUAUAUUUCACUUUAUCUGCCACAACAGCAUCUCAUAGUAUCUUGGGAUUUGCAGUUUAGGGAGGAACACUUAGAAUUCUCAGCCAAAGGGCUUGUGGUCCACACUAAACUACAAAGCCCAUAAUUCCACAAGAUGAUGGCAUGGCAGUGAACGUGAAAUGUAGCGCUUUAACAGUGUGCUGUGAUAGGUAACAAAGAGUGAAUGCCAUGGGUGCAUCUGAGUUUUAAGUUCAAGUAACUGAAAGGCAUAGGGAGCUUGGAAAAGGUCAUGUUUCUAUAAUUUGUUUUAAUGUGUAAAGCCAAAUUUUAUGUUUCAGUGUCAGCUGUUAUGUAGAAAAAGUGGCUUUGUCUUGUGGUUUAACAAUGAGCUAUGAAGCUUUUGGGGGAAAGUAUCAUUCUGAUCUUUUUUUAUUAGGGAGAAACAUUUGUUCAAUUUAACACUGCUUUUGCUAUGCAUGAUGUUUGGAGAAGCGAUGCCUUUUACUCAGAAUCGCUUUCAAAAUGGGCAGUUCCAAGCACAAUGCCUCCCAUGGGACAUAGUUCAAAAUGCACUGUUCCUUUUUGGGGGAAAUUAAUUUAAGUAAGAUCUAGUUAAAAUGGGCAAAUAAAAAGUGAAGAAAAACUUAAUACUGCUUUUUGUCCCAGUGAGAUCGCAUUAGCUGCCCAAGAUGCUGCUAUUUUAUUUUUAAGUUCCUCCCUUUAAAAAACAUAAGCUCUGUUCUGUUAAAUGUGUUUUUAAAACAUUAAAAAUUCUUUGUUUUAAUUUUUUAGGGAGGCUGAAGCUAAAUGGAUCAGUUGUACAUUGCCUUUAAAAGGUAAUAUUAACAAAUGUACCUCCUUAAAAAAAUGUUGGCUUUCUGAAAUUGAUGGAGCUGUUGUCCUGUUUUUAAGUUGCUUAAAACAGAAUAAAAGUGAUUUUGAAACUACA